AUUAUAUCCUAUUUUUAAAUGUAGGAUAUAAUAAUAGUAAUGUACAUGAAGCAAUGGUUAUUUAUUAGCCUUUUCUCGCACAAGGUACAAGUGAGUAGAGCCAUGGAGAUCGAGCGGAAGCUUCUCCGCCUUCUUCACGGCCAGAAAACCCGAACCCGUUUAUCUGAAAUUCACGCCCACUUCCUCCGUCACGGCCUCCAUGGAUCCAAUCUCCUUCUCGCUCACUUCAUCUCCAUCUGUAGCUCUCUCAACAAGUCGGACUAUGCUUAUGGCGUCUUCUCUCAGAUACAAAACCCUAGCAUCCUUGUCUUCAACGCCAUGAUCAAAUGCUACUCUCUCCUCGGCCCAGCUAUGGAAUCUCUCCGUUUCUUCUCUUCCAUGAAAAGCCGCGGAAUUUGGGCUGACGAAUACACUUACGCGCCGUUGCUUAAGUCUUGUUCAAGUGUCUGUGAUCUCCGGCUCGGGGAAUGUGUUCAUGGAGAGGUUAUAAGAACUGGGUUUCAUCGAUUUGGGUCUAUACGGAUUGGGUUGAUGGAGUUAUAUGCGUCGGGCAGUAAAAUGGGUGACGCGAAGAAAGUGUUCGACGAAAUGCGUGACAAAGAUGUUGUUGUAUGGAACGUGAUGAUUCGCGGCUUCUGCAAUGUAGGAGACGUUGAUACAGGUCUGAAUUUGUUCCGACAGAUGACCGAACGGACUGUUGUCUCAUGGAAUUCGAUGAUAUCGAGUUUGUCGCAGUGUGGCAGAGAUCGUGACGCUUUAGAGCAGUUCUGCGAAAUGCGAGAUCAGGGGUUUGAUCCUGAUGAGGUUACAGUCGUCACUGUCUUGCCAAUCUGCGCUCGUCUCGGAGUUACGGAUGUCGGGAAAUGGAUUCAGUCUUUUGUGGAAUCGAAUGGUUUGUUUCAUGACUUCACCUCAGUGGGUAACGCCUUACUCGAUUACCAUUGCAAGUGUGGUGAAUUGGAGACAGCAGUAUCUCUGUUCAAACAAAUGCAGCGGAAAAACGUUGUCUCCUGGAACACGAUGAUAUCAGGCUCGGCUGUUAACGGAAAGGGGGAACUUGGGAUUGAUCUAUUCAAUGAAAUGAUCAACGAGGGAGUAAUAACCCCAAAUGUGGCUACCUUCCUGGGCGUUCUGGCAUGUUGUUCAUACACAGGUAGGGUCGAUAGGGGAAGAGAAUUGUUUGCUUUGAUGAGAGAAAGAUUCAAUCUUGAGCCGAGGACAGAGCAUUAUGGCGCAAUGGUUGAUCUUCUUAGCAGGAGCGGACGGAUAAGAGAAGCCUUUGAGUUUCUCAGAGUCAUGCCUGUGGAAGCUAACGCAGCUAUGUGGGGGUCUCUGCUUAGUGCAUGUCGCAGUCACGGUGAUGUAGAGCUCGCAGAGAUUGCAGCUAUGGAGCUUGUGAGGAUCGAGCCAUUGAAUUCUGGGAACUAUGUGUUGUUGUCUAAUUUGUAUGCAGAGGAAGGGAGGUGGGAAGAUGUGGAGAAAGUGAGAACAUUGAUGAAGCAGAAAUGCCUGAGAAAAUCCGCUGGCCAAAGCACCGUUGCAUUCUGAAAACUGUCCAUUUGAUUGAAACCAUGUCCGUGUACAUACAUAAAUUAAGACUUUUGUGGAAUUCAUACUACAUCAGAAAAGAAGAGAACGUCCACUGGCAUAAACAGCAUUGCGUUCUGAAAGCUAGCGUUUCAAUUGAGAUCACGUUUUUGGGAAGGUG